AUGUACCAAGGAUUAUCCCUUUUAAAUUUUAGAAUGCAAAAUCAACCGACUAGAAUUCCCGAAACUACACUUAAACUGCUUUAUUCACUCUUCAUUUCAAACACUCCUCAGUCUUUAAAGGACAAUUGGAAGUCCAAUUUUACUCGCAUCUUCUCUGAAUUGGAGUACGCUCACUGGUUUUACCUAGACAACUGUCUUCAAGAUAAAAAUGAAAUAGGCCUUGAUCUUUUUGGCCUGUGUCAAGAAAUAUUCACCCGUUUCCCACAUCUCAUUCCCAAGAAGACUGAUUGGAAGGAGAAGUUUUUCGAAUGGAAGCGUUAUCGAGGAACCACAUGCACAGGAAGUGCAAUAGUUCUCGAUGAGUAUCUCUCUAUGGUUCUACUAGUCCAAGGCUUUAACAACAAUCGAUGGACAUUCCCUGGAGGCAAGGUGGGUCAAGGGGAGACUCUGCAAGACUGUGCCAUUCGUGAGGUCAUGGAGGAGACUGGACUUGACAUUGAGCAUCGAAUCGACCGGGAUCUCUUCCUUGAAGUUGUCGUCGGAGAGACGACGCAUCGGGCUUACAUUGUGGAAGGGUUUCCUCGGACCAGUCGGCUUCAACCCUCUACACAAAACGAAAUUGAGGCGAUAACGUGGUUUUCUCUGGUGAAUCUUCCCUCUCAUUUACAGGAUAAUGCGCCCGUUGCGAAGAUGAACUUCAAACCUAGUCAUUUUUUCUGUGUAAUACCCUUCGUCAAGCGACUUCGGGCGUACGUGAAACUGCGCCAACAGGGUGUUGCUCCUACUACUGCACUGGGACGAUCGACGCACACACGGAAGCAGUCUUCAGUGCCCCCGUCAGCGUCCUGCAUCCACAAGUCCAGCUACUCCGCUGCCACCGCCUUUACUGCGGAGCCCCCGCUGUCCUCGGCCUUUUCGUUAGCCAGGCCCUUGUCUACCGAUCGGGUCUUGAUUCAUCCUGCGACACCGCCGAUAGACCAACACUUGCCACCUUUGCUUCCCCAGCUUAGUCCUCUUCAUUCAUCGUUUCGGCUGUCUUCGCUUGGAGGGAGUCAUAACCCACCUCCCACUAUUCAUAAUCAUUAUGAUGAGAUUCAUCUACUGAGCGUGGAUUCCACCGUGGCAAAGGACAGUAUUUGGGGUGGCCGGGUGAAACUGAACUCGGACGCUCUGGUGGACAUCUUUGCACCCUUAUCUCGAGAUGCCCCAUCACUACCAACCCUCCACCUCUUUGACGCUGCUAAAUGA